UACAUGCGGCGACAUUGCGGCGUGUUGAUCAUCGUCUUUUCGGAGCAAACGACGUAUCUUCCGCGAUCGCGUCCGCCUGACAGUUCCCGGCUCUAGCUGCUCUCCGUUAAAUCGCGAAAGUAAACACUGCUCUGCGCGAUCGCGCGUCAUCUUCGAGUGCGAAACGCUCCCGGAAAGUUCGUUAUACGCCAGUCCUCGGUUGUCGUCGUAGUUCCAAGUGAAAAAGAGAAUCGAAUCUAUCGAUCAACGGAGGAUCCACGUAGACGCGCUCAAAGCAAGAUCAUGCCCGCGGACGCCGAGCUCAGUAACCUACUCAGCAGACGACAGAGGAUCAACGACGAACUCGAGGAGGGCAAAGAGGUGAAGAAGCAAUACAAGUUCGUCAACGUCUACACCGAGUUCCACGAGUUAUCGCGUCGCGAGAUUAAGCAGUACGAGCAGACCUUCAACAGAUUUGAUGAUGGUCACGACGGUUAUCUCGAUCUCGCCGAAUUGAAACGGAUGAUGGAGGUCUUGGGCGCACCGCAAACGCAUCUCGGGCUCAAAGCAAUGAUCCAGGAGGUCGACGAAGACGGGGAUGGCCGCAUAUCUUUCCGUGAGUUUCUGCUGAUCUAUCGCAAAGCGCGCGCUGGUGAGUUAGAACAGGAUUCCGGAUUGAGCCAGCUGGCCAGACUCACCGAGGUUGACGUCGAUGAGGUUGGAGUUACUGGUGCUAAACACUUCUUCGAGGCCAAGAUCGAGCAGCUACGAAAGGCUUCGAAAUUUGAAGACGAGAUUCGCAUGGAGCAAGAAGAGCGAAAACGAGAGGAGGAGGAAAAGGCGGCAAGGCGGGAGCAAUUCCGGCAGAAAGCUGCUCUCUUCGGUAAUUAAGCGAUGGAGGAACACGCAGCAGUAACCAGCAUUUCGAGUCGUCGUUAGAAACGAAGAAGAAUCGCCGUUCAGAUCAUUUGGUUUAUAUCCCCCAAUGCUUGAAGCAGCAAGCGGUCGCGAUAUCGACAUCGCCGGCGAACGUGACUCCAUAAAGAAUUUAAGUACGUUGCGAAGCGACGUGAAAUCGCGGCUCGCUCGCGACGGUAAUUGUUCGGCGAACAUCUGAACCACA